AUGACUACCUACCUAGUUCCAAGUCCGCCUAUGCGAGCUUUAAGUUCGCUACAAACAGAUUCUUCUCUAAAUACCAAUGUCAGCCCAUUGGUCAAUUCCGCGACAGAUUCUAUUGCACACUAUAUAUCAGGUCGUUCAAGCUCAGAGAGUCAACGAGAUGCGGAGAAGCAGACACUUAUCGACAGAUGUGAUAUCACCGUCGAGGAUGGGGAAGGCGUUAAAAGCCGCUUCAUCGCCCGUAUUGUGUUUCGGAAUGGCUUGACAUCAACUCAUCGCUUACCAUUCGAAGUGGCUGUACCCGUUCACGCAAAAUUUGAUAGACAAGAUGCGCCACACCACUGGACAAUAUCAUCAAGGACGCUUCGUCAACUCAUGGAACAUUUUGGGCCCGGCACCGAGUACUUGGAUAUCAACACUGAUGGUGACCAUGUCAACUUCACAUGUUUUAGCGAAAAAACCGUUAAUGAGGAUGCGGUGCUGAAAAAGCCGUUGCAGACCUCCAUUGCUGUUGAGACAGAUGAAUUUGAUGAUAUCGACGUUGAAGAUAAGCUACAUAUCGUCAUUUCUGUGAAAGACUUUCGCGCCAUUGUUCAACAUGCUGGGAUUACUGGAAAUGCCAUCUCUGCCCGAUAUUCUCUCCCCGCGAGGCCCAUAUUACUCUCUUAUGCUGGAGAUGCUUUGGCUUGCGAGUUUCUUAUAAUGACGGUAGGAGAACGUGGAAGUAAUCCGGCCCAAAAGACGAAAAAGGGCCGCAAAGCAACAACAACAGCAGGCGGCUCAGGUCCACGUUUAGAGGCUGCCUCUCGUAGGACCAGCGUUGCACCAAACGAAAUCACCACGAAUAUACAACCUUACAGGCUUUCACAGUCUGCGCAAUCUAUCACGAAUCCCACGGUACCUAACCCAACGCCCCAUCCACAUCUUAGCGCUGCUAGGGCCAGCGCUUCACGAAUUGGUGCCUUUGAUCUACGGCCGUCUCAGAAGCCACCACCGCCUACUAUCCGCUCAGAAAGCCUAUUUGUAGAUGAUGAUGGCUGGGAGCCUGUGAGAGACGAGGAGGAAGACGUGGAACAAGACGCAAGGCUGGAGUGGGAUCAUAGUGCCGACCCUAAGAACCCUUCAGCAUUGCAGUUGAGCCGGAUCGAAGAGCGUCAUGCAGCCAGCGUUGGGCGCCAAGAAGCGGCAGAUGUCCAGACCGCCCCUGAGUCAACAUACUUGGAGCCGACACAAAAGCUUUCAGAUGUUAAGAGCCUCGCGUUAUUUCCGGACUAG